AUGUGUGGUGGCGCUUAUGCGAACGAGGCAAGCGAACCGUUUGUGGUCUUCGGCUCGCGGUCACUUUUCUACAGGCCAGCGCCACAAGCGAGCGCCAGUGGAAAAAAGAAAACAGUGGAGCAACGGAAAGGGAGAGACGGCUGUCGAAGGUUCUUCGGCGUCAUUUUGGGAGGAGACCGCUUGGCUUCAGAGACUUUCGACUGGGAAAGCCAAGCAGAACUCGCCUCGCGAAACUGGUUGUUCGCGAAGCAAGCGGCGCAAGCGGAGUCUUCCUCCUUCGUGCGGGGCGACGAGGCAGGGGGGCCGCCGGCACCUUCGACGGGGUUGGUGCCCUGCUGCCCAGCCGAAUCUCCAAAAGGAGGAAAGCGAAACGGCGUGCCAACUCUUUUAAAACGCCGUUUUGACCGUCCCGUCGUCGUGAAAGUGCCCAUGACGCAGGCGAGUCCUGACAGUGCCUCUGGCGGCGGCUUGAGGUACCAGAUGAACUUUACCUCAGCGUACAAAAACCACCUGAUAUCUAGGAUGAAGCGGUUUGUCGCAGGCUUGGUGUCCGCAGGCUGUCUGUCGCUUGUGGACGCUACUGCGGCAGCCGGCGACGCGUACGCGGCUCUCUCCACGCAACCUAGCUCAGUCGUCUCGUCACCUGUAGUGCACGGAGGCGCGCCUGUCCGCGAAGGCUUGUCAGCGUCGCUCUCAGUGAAAGGCGAUGCAUCACACGCAACUGGCAGCAGAAGACUUGCAAAAGGAAAUCGCAAGUCGCUGGCGCCCGAGGCAUCCCCGCUGAUAUUAGAAGACGAGCUCGCGGUGUUUAGCGAUGAUGAUAGCCGAGAGGGUGGCGAAGCGCCCCAGAGUGGAAAUCCUGACAGCUCUCCGGUGAGCGAGGCGUCAGGGAGCAGUGGUGGGGACAGCGAGACCGGUCGGAAGCAGCGUCGCUCUUUGAGAAAACUUUUGCAGAGGGCACGGAGCACGUCUGGAGGUAGUGAUGAGGAGGGACUGUUGGCCUCGCAACGCGCAGAGGAUAGUUUCUGGUCUGUAGGGAAGAAGAAGUCGAAAAGUAACAGGAAGUGUGCCGGCGGAGCGGACUGCGGCGAGGGCAACAGUGAAUCUGCCACACGCUCGGCGGUUUCGGCGCCUUCUCCGCCCCCCCCGGGAGUCCCGAAGGAAGGUAGUCUUCGGGGCGCACCAGUGCAGGAUGUGGCUUGUGCAGGCUCUUCGGGCUCGUCUGUGGACGGCGAAGAGGACGCCGACUGGCUCAGGGACCUGUAUGGCGAGGAGAAUAUUCCGCGAUCGAAGGGCGAUCAAUGGUCGUUGCUCAACUGCUGGGAGGACAGCGAACACGAACCCGACGCGGAGUGA